UUUUAUGAAUUGGUAUUUUAUUUGUUCAUAGAUCCAUACAUUUUGUGAAAUGAUAUUUUAUUUGUUAAACCGUUAUUAGUUUUAUGUAUAUUUAUAUAACUGUAUUUUGCAACAUCAUAGACGAGUCAUUGUGCUAGCAUCCAGUAUGCCUCAGACAGUUCGAUUAAAAAAAUCCUCGACUAUUUUGCGAAAAUAAAUCAAGUUAUAAACGAAAGAGAACACUCAUAUCCGGACCGAAUAUAGUUUUGUUGUUAGUUGCUGAGUAGAUGGCCCUUCAGCAGAACUGGAUCACGUGCUGCCGCCCGUUCAUUGUGAAUCAUGAUAUUGUGGAAACAUAUUGGAAGCUGAUAGUAUCAAAGUAUUCAGAAAAACAACGAUACUACCAUACUUUAAACCACGUGACACAUAUGUUUUCUCUCUUUGACGAAGUGAGGGAUAAACUCUCAAGACCAAAUUUAGUAGCAAUGGCUAUAUUCUUUCACGACUUAGUGUAUGAACCUAAAGAGAAAGAUAAUGAAGAGAAAAGUGCAGCUUUGUUCGAGGAAUUCUCAUCGCACUUUGAAACAAAGCAUGAUAGAGACAGUAAGGCUGUAUAUGAUUGGAUAAUUGCGACGAAGCAGCACUCGACGGAAGUUCACAGGAUGCCGGGAGUUUAUGGUCAAGAUGACUUGCACUAUUUCCUCGAUAUGGACAUGGCUAUAUUAGGGACUUCCGAUUCUAGUUAUAAAACAUAUGCUGAUAAUAUACGAAAAGAGUACAUACACAUACCUGAGUUGCUAUUUAAAGAAGGCAGAGCCAAAGUGUUGCAAUCGUUUCUGACCGUUCCGAAUAUUUACGCUACUGAAAUAUUCCGGAGAAAAUUUGAGGACAAAGCAAGGGCAAACAUUGAGGCUGAGAUCGAGACACUUAAGAUUUGUUAACUGGAGAAGUUUAAUAUUGAUACUGUGAUAUACAAAACUCAAUAUAUACGUAAUAUAAUGAACGAUGUCUUUAUACAAAACGGGUUGAUAAUCUGUGUUAUCAUGGGUUCCCUUUAUAUACAUAUUAAACAAAAAAAAAAAGAAUAUUCUUUUGAACAC